AUGGGAUUACGUGCCCGACUUCCCAGUGUGCUCCGUGCAGCACGCCCACCACGUCCCGUACUGCACUGUACGAGGCGUUACUCAACACAUCCUCCACCGGGAUCAAGGUGGGCGCCACUCCUUGGCGGCCUGGGCGUCGGCGUCGCACUCACAUAUACGGCGAUCAGUCUCGCAACGGCUGAGGACAAGCAUGAGCAUCCUCAUCCCACCCCCAAACGAGGCGCAGAGCGUUUCGGCACACCAGAGGAUUAUCGGAAGGCGAUUGCGGAGAUCCGCGCCCUCCUCCCCCGGGACGACGUGAGUACGGAUGAGGAGGACCGCGAGGUACAUGCUGCCAAUGAGUGGUAUUAUGGCGCACAGCAGCUUCCGACUGCAGUCGCGUUCCCGCACACGACAGAGGACGUGCAGGCCAUCGUGCGUGUGUGUUCAAAGUAUCGAGUCCCAAUAAUCCCAUAUGGGAGUGGAACGAGUCUGGAGGGCCACUUCUCCGCACCGUAUGGCGGCGUGUGCGUCAACCUCGGACGGCAUAUGGAUAAGAUUGUUGCAAUCCACCCGAUGGACGGAGAUGCUGUUGUCCAGGCUGGUAUUGGGUACGAGACGCUUAAUAAGGCGCUCGCGGACCAGGGACUCAACCUCUUCUUCCCGCUGGACCCGGGGCCAAACGCCAGCGUCGCGGGGAUGCUUAGCACGGGGUGCUCAGGACCUAACGCUUUGCGUUAUGGGUCUGCUCGUGCCGAGUGGUUCAUCAAUGUCACGGCCGUCCUGCCUGAUGGCAGUAUCGUCAAGACACGCCAGCGAGCCAAGAAGUCGUCCACAGGACCAGAUAUGACCAAGCUCUUCAUAGGUGCUGAGGGAACACUCGGUAUCGUCACAGAGGUUACACUCCGCCUCACGCCAAAGCAGCCGACCCGCGUUGCAGUUGUUUCUUUCCCAUCCGUCACCGACGCCGUCAAGGCUGUUGUUGAUGUUGUUAACCAGGGCGUCAACAUCCAGUGCGCCGAGCUGCUCGACUCUCUUUUCGUCCAGGCUGCCAACCACUUGGGCAUUGUGCCGAACCCUCUUCCCGAGAAGGACACUCUUUUCUUCAAGCUCCUGGGCACAGAUGCUAUGAUGGACGAGAGCGAGCGCCUGCUGCGCGAGAUUGCCCAGAAGCAUAGGAGCAUCGAGAUGCGGAUGGCGCACAAUGAUCAAGAGAGCGACGCGUUGUGGGCGGCCAGGAAGGGCGCACUGUACGCUGCGCUCGCUCACAGCGGCUACGAGACACCGAUGCUGUAUGGAAAUGACGCCUGCGUCCCACUCUCAGCACUGCCCCAGUAUGUGGCAGAAUGCCAGAAGGAAAUGAGGGACAAGGGGAUCUACGGGCCGAUUGUUGCUCAUAUCGCCGACGGAACAGUGCACAGCACAGUCAUCAUGCGUGAUCGCUCAGAGAUCCCCAUGGUGGACGAGCUUAUCAGGGGCUUUGUCAAGAAGGCGAUUGCUCUCGACGGCACUUGUUCUGGUGAACAUGGUGUUGGUGCGACGAAGAAGAAAUACCUCCCCAGCGAGCUUGGUGACGGGACCUGUCGCAUGAUGAGGACGAUCAAGGACUCUCUCGACCCGCUGGGCAUCAUGAACCCGGGCAAGCUGUACCCCGAUGAGCCCGAUGCGCCUGGCCAGGACGCCAAAUACGCGCCGCCACCACCUGCAUGCUGCACGUAG